AUGGCUGACAAAGGUCUUGAGGAUGUGCCCGAGGGCCAGAUCGAGUCCAACUACGAUGAGAUCACCGACUCCUUCGACAACAUGAACUUGAAGGCCGAGCUCCUCCGUGGUGUCUACGCCUACGGUUUUGAGCGCCCCUCUGCUAUUCAGCAGCGUGCCAUCAUGCCCGUCAUCAAGGGCAACGAUGUCAUUGCGCAGGCCCAGUCCGGUACCGGUAAGACGGCUACCUUCUCCAUCUCGACCCUCCAGAAGAUCGACUCCAACGUCAAGGCCUGCCAGGCGCUUAUCCUCGCCCCCACCCGUGAGCUCGCUCAGCAGAUCCAGAAGGUCGUCGUCGCCAUCGGUGACUUCAUGGACGUCCAGUGCCACGCCUGCAUUGGUGGCACCAGCGUCCGAGACGACAUGAAGGCCCUCCAGGACGGUCCCCAGGUCGUUGUCGGCACUCCUGGCCGUGUCCACGACAUGAUCCAGCGUCGCGUCCUCAAGACCGACCACAUGAAGAUGUUCGUCCUCGACGAGGCCGACGAGAUGUUGUCUCGUGGUUUCACCGAGCAGAUCUACGACAUCUUCCAGCUUCUGCCCCAGAGCACCCAGGUCGUCCUUCUGUCCGCUACCAUGCCCCAGGACGUCCUCGAGGUCACCACCAAGUUCAUGCGCGACCCCGUCCGUAUCCUUGUCAAGAAGGACGAGCUUACCCUCGAAGGUAUUAAGCAGUUCUACAUUGCUGUUGAGAAGGAGGACUGGAAGCUCGACACUCUCUCCGACUUGUACGAGACUGUCACCAUCACCCAAGCCGUCAUCUUCUGCAACACCCGCAGGAAGGUCGACUGGCUCACCGACAAGCUCACUGCCCGUGACUUCACUGUCUCGGCCAUGCACGGUGACAUGGACCAGGCACAACGUGAUGUCAUCAUGAAGGAGUUCCGUUCCGGAUCUUCCCGUGUCCUCAUCGCCACUGACCUUCUCGCCCGUGGUAUCGAUGUCCAGCAGGUUUCCCUUGUCAUCAACUACGACUUGCCCGCCAACCGCGAGAACUACAUCCACCGCAUCGGUCGUGGUGGACGUUUCGGACGUAAGGGUGUUGCCAUCAACUUCGUCACCGCUGACGAUGUCCGCAUGAUGCGCGAAAUCGAACAGUUCUACAGCACACAGAUCGAGGAGAUGCCCAUGAACGUGGCUGACCUCAUCUAA